UCUGUGAUAAGAACGAACGCAUAAGUAUUUGUCUUCGAAAUCCCAUAUCUACUCUUGAAGGGACUCUUUCGUAAAGUAUAAGCCAUAUGGUCUUCGGUCAGUGAAAGUUCGGACAAGCGCCUUUUUUUCAAGUGAAAGUGUAAGUUCAAAAAGGCUCUAUUUUGGCAUCAGUUCAAAAUUGCUUACUCGGCUAAAACUUAAUCCUCCGAACUCUUAAUUUCCCUCCCAAAAGUUGGCGAUCGGAGUCGGCGCACUAGCUCCUAAUUUUACUGCGUAUGCACAUGUCAGUUUAAGGGACACGUUGCUGUAUAAAAAAAAAUCUUAAUUAUCUUAUUACAGCUACCGUGAGGCAGCGUACUGAAGUUGCUUUUCAGUGUCUUUGCUGCUGUUGCUUACAAAUCUUGCUCGUAAAAAGACAACGAGCCAUAGCCUGGAAACUACGCCGUGCAUGAAGCAAUAGUAGGACUAUAUUCUUUCACGUGAUCAAUCAAGCAAUCAAGGAAAAAAGAAAUAAGAAGCUUGAUCUAGUCAUUUGAAGCGGGGGAGAAAUCGAGAUGCGCUGACAUUAAAAUCUUUCGUGAUUCAGAAUUGUAUGGUUUUCUCACCAGCUGCUGCUCGUGUGUGUGUUUAAGAGUUACCACCAAAAGGAGGUCAGUGGUACUCUAGAAAACAGCUGUAAGUGAAAACCCUCUAGUUAUUUGCAAGCAGUUUCCCUCCGGACUGAGUCGUGUGCUAUACCCAUAUAAUUUGUUUAUCAUCAAACGAUUUCUUGAAUGGCUACAACGACAUCCUUCGAAUUUGUAACAGGGCGAGAAAGGCCGAUUCACUCUCCAUUCAACUCAUCCAUUUUACCACUACCAUGGUAGGAAGUGUCUCUCGGCUUACUACGGCCGUUCACUCUUUGGGGAUCAGAGCCAUCACAAGUGGUAGUAACAUUGGGAGAGGUACUGUUGGCAAUUUUGGAGUUGGUUCAGUCAGUGUGGGAGUCAAGUUGCUCGGACAACUAAUGGGUUGGAGUGAAAAUUCGUCGGAUUUGCAGUCUCACUGCCAGGCAAACUGCUCACAUGGGGAGUGCUACAACGGAACUUGUUUUUGUGAGAUUCAAUUUGAAGGGGUUCAGUGCGCAGAACCGAGUGUCGGCUAUCAUGUUGGUUUUGCAAGUGUUUUCCUUCUAGUUGCGGCGACAUCAUUGAUUCAGUUAUUUAUCUGUAUUCAUGCUGAAUACGCUCGACUGAAGACACCGUCCUUUUUCAAAGCAUGCAGGAUAACAAACCAAAAGUUUCUAUACAUUUUGGUUUUUCUAGCGGCUCUCUUACGAGGACUAUACUUCGCAUACCCUGCGUCAACAGAUGAAUGGUCAUCGAGUUUACUCAGUGCGUAUUAUCCGGUUUUGUUAACCGGAGCAUCUUUGAUCGUCUGCUUCUGGGCAGAGGUAUUCCACCUGCGUGACGUUGAAGAGAGACCGCCCUUCCUAUCCAAAUCCUUCUUGGGCUUUUUAGCCUUCAACAUCAUCACGUACAGUUUAUUAAUUGCAGAACUCGUUAUCACCAAUACGCAAAUCCAUUCAGAGGAAGAUAAGAGAUUCUUUACCAACGUUUUCAAUGGAUGUUACGCCAUUCUGAUGUUUAUCGUGGUUAUUUUCUUUCUAAUCUAUGGCGUCGAAGUCUAUUUCAAGGUCCGUGGAGGUUUUUUGCACGAGGGAGAAAGCAGCAUUCCGUUGGGGAUUAUUUCGUUCAAAACCAUUUCCUCGUCGUCUUCACCUGCGUGUGUGUCCUCGUUUGCUUCCGCUUCUUCCCCGGAUCACGCUGACCACGUUAACGAAAAAGAUUCAGAAGAAAAGGAAGUCACUGUGCAUCUGAUGAAAGAAGAGGUGAUCCAUGGACGGAAUCCUGUUCCGUUUAGGCAGUCCAUCGAUACAGCUCAGCUGCACCAGUCACGAUUAGGUCUCGUUUCACAAGCUAUGAUGCUGCUCAUCACGGUUUGUUUCCUACUUUCUGAAAUCCUUGGAGAAUUCUGGAAAAAGAAGGUACCACUAGAGAGUCGCAAUGUUUUUGACGUAUUAUUCCGCGUGGUUGAACUGGGAGUUGCUUUAUGGUUUCCUUGUGUCCUCUGGAAUUGCAUGAGACCCGAUCAGUUAUGGAUUUUGAAUCCCAAGAAAAUAUUGAAGCGACUUGACAUUGCUACGUCUCUCGAAUUAACAUCGCGUAAUGCUGAAGACGCUUCGCCCAAAAUUCCAGAUGAAAACGGUGACAGGAAAGCCGAGUGCUGGAUUUGCUACGAUACUGAUACUACUGAAGCUGGGUCAAUGAUCUUCCCCUGCGCUUGCAAAGGUGACGUUGGAGCUGUUCAUCACGAAUGUCUUAAGCGCUGGUUGAUUGAGAGCGCCAACAAUCCUUCCGCUUUGAUUUGCAAAGUUUGCCAGACACCGUAUCAAGUAGAAACAAAGGCUCGUUCUUGGAGCCAAAUUAACGUUGCCAUCACGCCUUGGCAUUGGGCUCAGACAGCCGGUCUUGUACUACUCAUGUGCGGAUCCGUAGGAGGGGCUUGUGCUAUUAUUAAGUUUUAUGAAGACUCCGGUAUUCGGCUUUUGGCUGUUAGUGUCGCUCUUCUUAUCGUCUAUAUAUGCUGCAGAUUUUUGGGAUUAAACACGGUGAUGGCUUAUCAGCGGGCCAAAGUUUCAGCUUUUAAGAUUGUUAGUACUCGGACCGGGCGCGCUUCGGUAAAUGAAAUGGGUGAGUUUCCGACAGUUCAGGAUCUCUCGGUAGACGGAAGGACUCAAGAUAGCAUAUUCACUUCAAGUCGGCCGGCACUGCCAACCAUGGAAAUGUGAACAUUAAGAAACGAUCUCGACAGUCGUUCCUCGUCCCAGUAAAAGAAAAAAACUCGAUAGAAUGAGGGAGAGAGAGUCUUUUAUGCGUACCUAGUCGCUGCGAUACAUUUGGCAUAUACGUUACGUUCCUUCUCUCCCUCACCGCAUUUCUUAUUAAAUCAGUGCGAAAUCUUUGUGGAAACGAUAGAUUGUUUUAUUUCUAUCUCUCUAUAUAUAUUCAAUUCGUAUUUGGAUAUGUAAUACUGUACCCUAUAGUAUUGGAAACGAUUUUCUUUUGUUCAACCGUUUAUUAUUAUAUAUUAUGUGUACAUAUGAUUCAGAAAUGUCUAUACUCGGAUCGAUCGGAGAACGAUAUAGAAAGAAGCGAGUCAUCUACUGGUAUCACAAAUGUGACGUUUAAGGAGCCUUUUUUUCAGCUGAUGGAACAUACGCCAGGAUUUAAUGCCGGUAGCGUGUAAGUUACUGUUAACGACUAUCAAGUGAGAAAUUCAAUCAACCAUAAUUUUUGUGUCUGUAUUCACAAACACUUAUAUUAUCCCGUAAUAUUCUUUGGGUAGAACGAUAGAUUUUUAUCACGAUUUUUCUUGGAAUAAUUCGGCGUGAUACCGACGCAAACUUUUGUCAUCGAUUGUAGAAGUUAAUCAAUACAAAAAAAUACUGUAGUCAU